CUUUGUGGUAAUCUUGAUUUCACAGAGGAAGUAUCCAUCAUCACUUGAAUGUACUGACUGUCUCAUGACGACUUAGGCCUUGACCAUGACUCUCAGUUCAGAAGAGUCAUUGGAGGAAGGCCUCUUCUGUAGAGGGGAGUUUUGUUAAGAUUCGCAACGCUCAGUCUGAACAUUAACACGAGUCCCUUGCUGUAUUGGAAGCAUAAGGACAUUUCAUAUCGUAAAUAAUAAUAAAACAAAGUUACAUUGAUACACACCUUUUAAUAGGGUUAGGGUUCCCACACGGACAUAUUUCCAUGUUACAGCGCUUGUUUACGGGAGUCGCUGGACUGUGCUAAUAGUUAUCUGCAUCUCUGAACACCUGUGUGUAAAUGGAAGACCGAGGCCACACACGUCACUGAAACGAGCUGCAACUAUGCUAAACCCGGUUAACACAGUGUACACUAAGUGUGUAUUUUGCAUUUGUGAAAUUAUUUUGAUGUGAUAUGAAAGUAAAGGGAUUUAUGUUUAUAGAACCAUACUGCAAUUGAGAAUCUAGUCACGUGUAUAUGGAGUAUUUAGCUGUUAUCUUCCAGGGCCAAUUCGCCCUUUAAACAACAUGUAAGGUCCUUGGACUACGGAGUAACGUUAGGCUCUUUUAGUCUAAUAUUGGGCUAAUGAUGACUGCGUGCUUUAUAGCUCGUACCGUAAAUGAAGACCGAAUUCAAGUGUAUCUCUCUGAAUUGUCUAUAAACAGUCAAUGUGAAAAGGAUAUGAUUGUGUUUGAUUCAAAUAAUCAAAUCAGUGUAUUUCAGUGAAAUCAGGUAAAACUGCACGGCUGACACUAAUCUAAAAGUUACACACUCCUGAACUGAUGAGCCAAUGGGGUUGAUGAGCGCUCUUUGUCUUCGUCCCGCCCCCUAGCAGGUAGAUUGUCCUCGAGUGAAGAUCGUAAAAACUCAGGUACAUCUCAUCAGAGCGCAGACUUCACAGUCGGACCUACUUCCAAACAGCUAAAUAUUCCCCUCGGCUUCGUUUGUAAUUGCUCUCUCCGUCUUUGGUGUUUCUUUAAACGACGGCAUUAAAGUGCACCGAAAAGUAAAAUUAAUGGACGUUUGUUGAAAUUCCGAGGAGGUGGUCUAAGCCAAAGCUGCUGUAGAGAUGAGUUGGGGGGCUCUGUAUGCCCAGUUAGGCGGGGUGAACAAACACUCCACCAGCCUGGGGAAGAUCUGGCUGUCUGUCCUAUUCAUCUUCCGUAUCACCAUCCUGGUACUGGCUGCAGAGAGCGUGUGGGGAGACGAGCAGUCUGACUUCAUCUGCAACACCCAGCAGCCUGGCUGUAAGAACGUCUGCUACGACCACUUCUUCCCUGUGUCGCACAUCCGUCUCUGGUGCCUGCAGCUGAUCUUCGUGUCUACACCGGCCCUGCUGGUGGCCAUGCACGUGACUUACAGGAAGCGUGGGGACAAGAAGCACAUCAUCGCGACGGCCUUGCACAGUGGUGGUGAUGACAAGACCAGGCAGGUGGACCUAGAGGCCCUGAAGAGUCGUCGUCUGCCCAUCACGGGGCCUCUGUGGUGGACGUACACCUGCAGCCUGUUCUUCCGCCUGAUUUUUGAGGCUGGCUUUAUGUACGCCCUCUAUUUUGUUUACGAUGGCUUUGCGAUGCCUCGUCUGGUGAAGUGUGAGCAGUGGCCCUGCCCAAACAAGGUGGACUGCUUCAUCUCACGACCCACGGAGAAGACCAUCUUCACCAUCUUCAUGGUGGCUUCGUCUGCCAUCUGCAUGGUUCUCAACGUGACCGAGCUGGCCUACCUCAUCGUCAAGGCCCUGAUGAGGUGCUCCACCAGGAUGUCCAAGAAGAGCCGUGCCUACGCUCACCCCGAUCACAUAACCACGAACAAGUCCCUACUACAGAAUAAAAAGAACGAGAUGCUGCUGUCCUCUCUUACAGAUUCCUCCAGCACCAAGACCGUGUGAGCCCAGCAUAGUGUCCAUGUUCUUCCCCAUUUAGACUACAGAGAACUAGGGAGUAGAAACCUAUCAGUGUUUUGUUACCAUGAGAAGAGAACAUACGUGAGGACAUACCUGUAGCAGCUGAGAGGACUGGUCUAACCCUGAGUCUGCUUUUCUAGAGCAUAUUUCCAAUUCCAGUCCUCCAGUACCCCCAACAGCAGAUGUUUUUGUUGUAGCCCUGGAUGAACAUGCCUGAUUCAACUCAUUGAGCGAUUGCUAAUUAGUUGACAAGUUUAAUCAGAUGUGCUUGUCCAAUGUGUAUUGUUGGGGGUACUGGAGGACUGGCGUUGGGGAACACUGUCGUAGAGGAUAUUUAUCUUCCACUAUGACUGACCUAUGGGGUAAUGUUUUAGCUUUUUUUGAAUGUAUUUUUAUUUUAUUUAUCUUGGUGCUUGUGUGUUUGAGCUACAUGUCUGUUUGGGAGGUUGAACUGCAGUGACAAAUGGGUCUAGAUCGCCACCUUCUGGUUUACAAUGAGCUUGCAGGAGUUUGUUUUAUUGUGGAGCGCAACCAGAAUUGGUUUAUGUUACUACUUCAGCUUUGUGGGAAACUUUACCAAAGCACAAACUCACAAGUGUGCAGUAUAGCUCCAAGUUCAAUUUGAGGCUCAUACCGGCGAAGGAAAUGUAGUGAGUACCAAAGCAAUUUUAAAACGGUGCCUUCGUCUAUUAGCGAUGUCAAAUAGUAUGAUGUAGAUGCUGUAUAUUGAGCAUUUACAUUUAAGUCAUUUAGCAGAUGCUCUUAUCCAGAGAAACAUACAGUAGUGAAUGCAUACCUUUUCACACUUGUUCGUACCGGUCCCCCGUGGGAAUUGAACCCACAAGCCUGACGUUGUAAAUGCCACGCUCUACCAACUGAGCCACACCGAGCACAAAGUUUUUAGGUAGCAUGGCUGAUACACUUGAACAUUCUGGACAGAUUUCCUGGCCCCAAAUGAAGCCUAUUCCUGUACUUAAAAAGCAUGCUCAAUGGGGAAUAUCCAUUGGAAGUGCUUCUUGGUCCAGGAGUAGGCUUAAGCUGGGUACUGGAAACGGACCCUCUGAGCAUUAUGCCAACUGAGUCUGACAUAUAGCCUAUUGUUGUCAAGAUUGAUUGUAAACGUGGCUACAGAGCCUAUCAUCUUUCAGCUUGUUCCUUUAUUUUAGGCACUGAACAUAUCAUUGCACCUCUUUCAAUGUGAGUUAGCGGGCUGAUCUACAGGCAAAACUGGCCUAAUGUGCUUUGUCCAAAAAUGCAUGUAGAAGUUGGACCAUAACUUGUAUCACUGUAGUGACAAUUUGACUGUUACCUGUGAAAAUGUAAGGACAGUUUUAGCAAUGAGAUGCAUCACACACAUUUGUGAAAGCACUUUGUGGGCUUACUUCCUCUCACAAUCUUUACAGUUGUAUGGGGGCUUUUUGUAUGUUUUUUUACAUUGACUGUUUGGAUAAAAUGCUAAAUUCAGUAGUACAAAUUGUUCGGGAACAUUUUUGAAAGCCUCAACAUUGUCACUUGCUUCUUUACAGCAGCUAGAGCCUAGCUAUUAAUGUACAGAUUUCUAAACUGCAUGUUUUUGAUGAUGUUUGUAUUUAUUAGAUCUGCACUCUGACCCUGAGUCUUGACUUUUAAUUAAAAAAACAAAUGAUA